GUUCAUUCAAUAGUUAGCUGUUGGCCUGAGUAGUUCUUUCUUGUUCAUUUUUCGUGUGUUCGUCUUUUUUUAAAGAAGUUUUUUUAAAUAAAGUGAAAAUUUUCAUUUCAUCAUCACGAAGAUAAGAAGAAGGAAAAGAAAUCGAAGUGAAUUUGUGUGUGCUUUACAAAGAUGUGCUAAAUUCUUAUACCUAUGAUCAUCAUCUGAAAUUAAUAAAUGAGUUUCUGUUUGUUCCAAAAAAGAUCACCAUAAACGUGAAUAGAAAGAAAAAGCAGAGAAAAUAUAAUUGAAAUAUCUAAAGUGAACGUCGAAUGAGUGAUUAACUAAGUUAAGAGAAAAGAAAUAAGAACAAACGGCCAACGCGUUGUGAAAAAAAAAGGAAAAAAAUUAUUAAUAAUUCGAACGAAACGUUGGAAUAUUGAGGUGGUCCAAAUGCCUUGUUCUGCUGUUACAUUGUCUCUUGCGACCGUAAUUUCGAUCGUGUCGGUUGCAUUACUAGCGAUAGCAUUUUCCACUGACAAUUGGCUGAGUUAUGAAGUUAAGCGGAAAGACAUUAUGACUUAUGCAGCUAAGCACAGCGACUCACAACAGUUAGUUGAGCAGGUGAACACAAAAUAUUAUUUCUACACGAGAACGCGCGGUCUCUUCCGCAACUGUUAUCCGAAGGAGCGUCCACCAGUAUCAGCAGUCGAACUUUAUUUGUCACCGAUUGAAACCCAUUGCUCGAACAUUGAUUACUUCCCAACAAUUGAGAAUGGAGGCGAAACAGAAGAAUCAACGAGACUUCAUCUUGCACGAAGUGUUAUUGCGCUCUUUGUUUUGAGUUUCUUUGCGGUUGUCUGCGCAUUCUUCACGGGAUUAUCAGGAUGUUGGAGACGUUCAGCUGGUGCAAUCACAGCAACAGCUAUUCUGAUGUUGACAGCGUGUUUACUUGCAAGUGGUGCAAUGGGAUUAUGGCAUACAGUUGAGUUCUUCGAGAAGGAGAAAGUUGUUGGUCCCGAGUUCUUCCAACAAUGGCCUCAGAUUCUGAAAGAUAAAACUCAAAUUUCGUACGAUUGGUCGUAUAUUGUCUCGUGGGCUGCUGUUGCUUGCAUGUUAAUUGCAGCAAUUCUCUUAUCGGGCGCUGCUGUUUGUCUGCGAAGUGAACGUGAAAAGGAAGAACAACUCAAUCUUCAAUAUCUUAUGCCAGUUUAUCCACAGAAACAACCCGCCUAUGCAUAUCCACCAUACCCCCAACAAGUCUAUCCUGGAGCUUUCUAUGGAUCGCAAUACGGUCCCGGACCAGGUCAUUACAACUAUUAAGAGAAUAUAAAAGGAAAGCCAUUAAAAUAGAUGAAAGUGAAAUAAAUUCAAACUUUCACAAACAUCAUCAACUCGCUAUUCUUCACAAUUAUUUUAAAAAAUUAAAACAAAUCAUACUCGGUGCCUUGAUUUCUUAUCAAACAAUUUUUUAUUAAAAAAAGAUUUCUCCAUAAACAUAAAAAAAUAUUAUUUUGAUUGACAUGUGGUGAAUGCAAAAAUGCUUUUGCAAAUAUGGUUUGAAAUUUCGGAUGAUUUUAAACAUCCUACAGAAGACUCAUAAAACCUUACCAUAAAAGUAUGAAAAUCUCUUAAGUAUAAGUUAAGUCUUGAGCAGAUCAACAAGUAAUAAAAAAGUUUUAUUAUUCAUUUUAAAGAUUAACGCAAAUAGAUUUAAGAAAAAGUUAAGAUUCGACAAUACAAAAAAUAUAAACAUAAAAAUUUUGCGUAGGAAGGAAAAUAAUAAAACAUAAAAAGAAACGAGAUACAUAAUAAAACACUUCAGCGAUUCCAUUUCGUGAAUCAUCUGCAUAGAUGUAAAUAUUUAAACAAUUAUUUUAUGUUUGUACUUCAAUGUGUGACAAAAUACGAAUGAAAAAUCGAUUGUAGAUCAGCUUCUUAAUUGAAGCUUUUGAAAGCACAGAAAAUUUAAAAAUAAAAGAAAAAGAUCAAAACUGAUGAUGGUCAGAAAAUUUAUAGGAAAA